AUGGUCACCCCAUUCUUAGUGCCGACUCUGAAUCCGCAGGUCUUCUCUAGUGCCAAGUACCCCGCACCGGAGCGCCUGCAGGAAUAUGACUCCACCUUUACAGGUGCCCUUGACCCUGGUCUGCAGAGAAGACCCCGGUACAGGAUCCAGAGCAAGCACCGCCCACUGGACGAGCAGGGCCCUGCAGGUAAGCCUGGUACUCACACUCCAUCCACUCUGACCCUGCCCCAGGAGAAGCUGAAAUACUUUCCGGUGUGUGUGGACACCAAGUCGGAGCCUGAGGAGGAAGCAGAAGAGGGACUUGGGGGUCUUCCCCGCAACAUCAGCUCCAUCAGCUCCCUGCUGCUCUUCAACACCACAGAACAUCUGUACAAGAAGUAUGUUUUCCUGGACCCUCUGGCUGGCGCAGGAACAAAAACCCACACGAUGCUGGGCACAGAAGAAGAGGAGUUGUUUGAUGCCCCCCUGUCUAUCAGCGAGCGAGAGCAGCUGGGGCAGCAGACUCCGGAAAACUACUUCUAUGUGCCAGACCUGGGUCAGGUGCCUGAGAUCGAUGUGCCGUCCUACCUACCUGACUUGCCUGGCAUCGCAGAUGACCUCAUGUACAGUGCGGACCUGGGGCCUGGCAUUGCCCCCUCCGCUCCUGGUGUCAUCCCAGAGCUGCCCACCUUCCACACAGAGGUAGCUGAACCUUUCCAGCCAAAGCUAGAGGAUGGUGUGCUGCUGGCAGCACCACCACCACCGCCACCUCCCCCACCACCUCCCCCAGGUCCCACAGUGGUGGUCAGUGCCCCCCAACCACCAGUGUUCCCUGAAGUGGCGGCUGCACCUGGCCAUGCUGCCAGGGAAGAAGAUAUUAGCGGCAGCAUGGCCCACUCAGCCUCUGUUCAAGGAGCUCCCAAGGAGGUGGUUGACCCCUCCAGUGGCUGGGCUACCCUACUGGAGUCCAUCCGCCAAGCUGGGGGCAUUGGCAAGGCCAACCUGCACAGUGUGAAGGAAUGCAAGCUGGAGAAGAAGAAACAGAAGGAACAGGAGCAAGUGAGAGCCACCGGUCAAGGCGGGGACUUGAUGUUGGAUCUCUUUCACAAGCUCGUCAUGAGGCGCAAAGGUAUUUCUGGAAAAGGACCCAGCCCUGGAACCAGCGAGGGGCCUGGUGGUGCCUUCACCCGAAUGUCAGACUCCAUCCCCCCUCUGCCGCCCCCACAGCAGCCCGCAGGAGACGAGGACGAGGAUGACUUCCGGGAGUCCUAGGAGUGCCUUCAGCCUCCUCCCACUGUCAGCAGGGCCAGCUGGGAAGGCUCCUUGGCCAGCUGGGGCCUUUCAGGGUCUGUACCCAGUGUCUCUUCAUGGAGUGGGGGCUGCGUGAGCUGUUGGCUGCUUCUCUGCUUCAUGUGACUGCUUUGCUUGGUCUCCCCUGAAGAGUACCACAGCAACAGGGUGGAACAAAGCAAGUCACCCUAGACCUGAACCCAAGCCAACAGUGCCCUGUUAAUAAAUGAAGAGCAGCCGCGCUGGCUGCCGACAGCUUC